GCUCACUUGUCUCAUAUUCAAGAGUUCUCUAUCUGUCUGUAGCGCAGACUCUAAGAUAGAAUGACAUGCUAAAGGCACUGAGCAAGGUUACGACGGCCGGCCCACCGCGGCCUCUCAUUGGCUGCCUGCUCCCCUCCGCCUGGACUCAUAAACUCCAGCUCUCCACACUGGUCACACAAACAUGAGGAUACCGACUCAGUGAGGGCUGCGACAAGUCUUUCCACCACCAGUUCUCCCAAGUAGCCCUCGGACCUGUAUGGCCCCAUCGACCGUCAUGUCAGCUUUGACCGCUGGUUUGAAAACUGAAGGCAGCAAAGGAGACAUGCAGACGACGAGCCUCAGUUCGCCGGAGGAGACCGGGAAGCCCAAAGUUGCCAUCCUGCCUUUCAGCGUGGAGGCGCUGAUGGCCGACAGGAAGCCCAGCAGAGAGGCGCCGUCCCCGGACCCAGCUGUGGCAGCGGCCGGGACGUCGCACGCGCUGGGGAAGAGCCCGCGGCUGGGCCCUUUCGGGAGUCUGGAUACGUCCGCUGUGGCCAUGAGCUCGUCGUUUUCAGUGGGCGACAUUAUGAACAUGCCAGACGGCGUGUUAAUAAAGCCAGAGAGCCCGGACAGUAAAGAAAGAAACUCUUGGAUACAGAGUCCACGCUUUUCUCCUACGCCUCCACGUCGGUUAAGUCCUCCAGCUUGUCCGCUCAGGAAGCACAAGACGAACCGAAAGCCCAGGACCCCCUUCACGACGUCCCAGCUGCUGGCACUGGAGCGCAAGUUCCGACAGAAACAGUACCUUUCCAUCGCCGAGCGCGCCGAGUUCUCCAGCUCCCUCAACCUGACAGAGACCCAGGUCAAGAUCUGGUUCCAGAACCGGAGGGCCAAAGCGAAGCGGCUUCAGGAGGCAGAACUUGAGAAACUUAAGAUGGCAGCAAAGCCCAUGUUGCCGCCUGCAUUCGGGAUUUCUUUUCCUCUCGGCGCCCAUGUGCCCGGCUCUUACGCAGGCUCGCACCCGUUCCAGAGACACUCGCUGCCCGUGUCCCCCGUGGGUCUGUACGCGGCCCACGUCGGAUACAGCAUGUACCACCUGGCCUGAUGACGUCCACCUGGAGACCCUCUUUGGCAAGUGGGCACUUCGGAUCAUAUCUAGAUUUGAAACUGAAAGGCAUCCUGGUGGUGUCACAUCAUGUCUCCAAACCUGAUGAGGACCCUUCAGCAGUAAGUCAACAACCAGGGUUACAGCCGGGGAUCACUUAAACCACGCGUGUUUAGCUCUUUACUAUGAGUGACAAGGGGGUUUGGGCUGUACUGUGAAAGGCUCACAGCAACAAACCAUUUUAUUUGGAGAGCAAUGUUGCCAUUUUUACAACGGGAGCAGUGUAGAAAUGCAUCAAUUCCUGAGCCCUUUGUAACAGUGUUCAUUACCUGAUUUGGUAUUCCAUCGAUAAGUGGAGAACUUUUGCCAGUAUGAGCUUGUUACAUGCAACAACAGGCCAAUAACAAUUAGAUGCUUAACAAAAAGGAUCAUUGAUCCUGCUCUAAAUCGCCAGUAUGAUGCUCAAACUAAACCAAAAGGGAGUCCAUGUUUGAUGAUAUUAACGCUGUUGCGAGGCGAUUGCUAAAGUGUUCAUCUGAAACAAGUGUCAAAUGAAUGGUCAUUCUGGAGAAUUACAGCCGUUUUUCCUUUUCUUUUUAUUUUUGUGUUUUUACUUAACAGCGUUGUCUGUUUUUAAAUGACUCCCUUUGCAAGGGAAAUGUGUAAAAUACUGUAUAUUUGAAGAAUAUCCUCAUUUAUUAUGAUUAUAUUUGUGACAUAACUUAACAAUAAAUUGUUUAUUCUUUUUUUCAA